AGCUGUGGACUUCUAAAGACAGGAGAGAGGAAUCAAGACCCUGAGCUUUACAUCAGAAAGAGAUGGAGAUUAAAGGAAAAUAACACAAGAGGUCAAAAUACUUUCAUGUGACAGAAGAGCCAAAGGCAGAAAAACUGAGAAAAGGGACUGAAAUAUAUGCAGUCUUUUCCUCCCUGUUGUCAGAGUUGAGAUGCAGAGGCAUGCUUUAAGCAAAAUAAUGAUGACACAUACUGGGCGAGUGUUGGCCAUCUACAUCAUCUUAAUGGCAAACCUCUCUGAAGAGCAAGCUUUGAAGCAAGCGUGUCCUUCAUGUGAUGCCACUCAGUUUUGCAACUGUUCUUCCAAGGGUCUGAACUUCAUUCCCUCGGGGCUCACAGGUAAAAUCACAGGGUUAAACCUGGCCCACAACAGGAUAAAGCACAUCUGGGCACAUGAUCUGCAGCAGGCUGUGAACCUGAGAGUCCUGCUGCUGCUGUCCAAUGAAAUUAGCUCGAUAGAGGAGGAUUCAUUUCGCUCCCUUGCAAAACUGGAGCUCUUGGACUUAUCAAAUAACAGCUUGGCUCAUUUGUCUCCUGCAUGGUUUGGUCAUCUUUUUUCACUCCAGCACCUCAACAUUCAAGGAAAUUCCUACAGCGACCUGGGGGAAAGCUCUUGCUUUUCUAACCUGAGAAACCUGAGCUCUCUCUACCUGGGCAAUCCACAGUUCUCCACAAUAAGGCAAGGAAACUUUGAGGGCAUUACGCUUCUCACCGAGCUGUGGAUUGAUGGCAGCAAUCUCAGUCGGUACGAGCCAGGAAGUUUGAAACUGGUCAGGAAGAUACAUCACAUGAUCAUCAACCUAAAAAGUGUGGAUGUGUUCUCAGUGAUUGUAGGGGAUCUUCUGCACUCUGUUGUAUGGUUAGAAGUGAGAAAAAUAGCAUUCAGUAUACCUGCUGAAAUGCAACAAUUGAGACUCAUGUCGUCUUCUUUUGCAAAGAAAAUUUCUUUCAAACAGGUUUUGUUUACAGAUGCAACUGUACCUGAGAUGAUCAGCAUUGUAGAAGAUAUGUCAGAAUUAAUGGAAGUAGAGGUGAAAGAUUGUAGACUCUUGGGAACUGGUCAUUGGAGUACACAAAUUCAUGUAAACCAAUCACGUUCUCUUCAAGUUGUAACAAUAGAGAAAUUAUCUAUAGAAGAAUUUUAUUUGUUUUCAGAUCUUAAGGCUGUUGUAGAUCUAAUAUCUCAUCUUACCAAAAUCACAGUCGAAGAUACCAAGGUCUUUUUGGUACCAUGCAAACUUUCUCAACAUCUUUUGUCAUUAGAGUAUCUUGACCUUAGUGGGAAUUUGCUUGGAGAUCAGAGUUUGGAGCAUUCAGCCUGUCAGGGUGGUUGGCCCAUACUGCAAAUUCUAAAUUUAAGUCAGAAUUCACUGAGUGACUUAAAAAUGACAGGCAAAAGUUUAUCUCACCUGAGAAAUCUAAUUCUCUUGGAUAUUAGUCAAAAUAAUUUUGGUGAGAUUCCAGACAUGUGUCAAUGGCCGGAAAACCUGAAACAUUUAAAUCUCUCCAGCACUCAAAUUCCUAAAUUAACAACCUGCAUUCCUUUGACUCUUGAAGUUUUGGAUGUCAGCACUAAUAAUCUGAAAGAGUUUGUUCUGCAGCUCCCUUUUCUCAAAGAGCUGUACAUCGCAAAAAACCAACUGAAGACCCUGCCUGAUGCUGCACCCAUUCCUAACUUGGUGGCCAUGACAAUCAGAAGAAACAAACUCAACAGUUUCUCCAAGGAAGAGUUUGAGUCCUUUAAGAAAAUGGAGAUGCUGGAUGCCAGUGACAAUAACUUUAUCUGCUCCUGUGAAUUCCUCUCCUUCAUUCACCAUCAGGCUGGAAUAGCCCAAAUCUUAGUGGGGUGGCCGGAAAACUACAUCUGUGAUUCUCCCUUGGCGGUGAGAGGGGAGCAGGUUGGAGCAGUGCAUCCCUCACUGAUGGAGUGUCACAGAUCCCUCACGGUGUCGUUAAUCUGUGCUCUGGUGUUCCUGGCCAUCCUCGUCCUCGUGGUCGUUGGGUACAAGUAUCACGCCAUCUGGUACCUCAGAAUGACCUGGGCAUGGCUUCGAGCCAAGCGGAAACCCAAGCAAGGCCCCCCAAAGGAUAUCUGCUACGAUGCUUUUGUCUCCUACAGUGAGAAUGACUCUGACUGGGUAGAAAACAUCAUGGUGCAGGAGCUGGAGCAGGCCUGUCCCCCCUUUCGACUGUGCCUCCAUAAACGGGACUUUGUGCCUGGGAAGUGGAUUGUGGACAACAUCAUCGACUCCAUAGAGAAAAGCCACAAAACGCUGUUUGUGCUGUCGGAGCACUUUGUGCAGAGUGAGUGGUGCAAAUACGAGCUGGACUUCACGCACUUCCGCCUCUUUGAUGAGAACAACGAUGCGGCGAUUCUCAUCCUCCUGGAGCCCAUCCAGAGCAAAGCGAUUCCCAAAAGGUUCUGCAAACUGCGGAAGAUAAUGAACACAAAGACCUACCUGGAGUGGCCUGCUGGUGAGGAAGAGCAGCAGCAGAUAUUUUGGUUCAAUUUGAAAUUAGCUCUAAAAUCUUAAGUGGGGACACUGAAUACU